CGGCCAUUUUUAGGCACUCUUCGGUGUUUAUCUGCGCCUGCCGAUACCUUGACAACCCUGGUGGGAGGGCUCGCUCCUCGCAUUAACUUAAUAUGUGUUAAAGUGUAAUUAAACUACGUAGCAGCUUAGUGGGUGCGCGUGUGUGCGUCGUCGAUGCGUCUCAGUGCCGAGUGCGUUGUGGGUGUGCGGGAGCAAACUCCUCGGUUUCCAUUUUCUCGGGGGCAGCUGCAGUUGCGCCCCAAACGCUGCGUGCGCGUGUGUGUGUGGGCACAGAAAAUAGGCAAUAGAAAUACGGAGGCGGAGUCCCAGAGGUCAAAAGUGCAAACGCAGACCUGGCUCCCGGAAAGCGGAAACUGAAGUUUGGAGCAGCCAAGGUCGAAGCAGGGAAUUGUUAGCUCAAGUUCCUGCUCUAUCAGCUACCAUUUGACCCGCGAGCCGCUUUCGGAGCGAUGGAAAAUCCCCAGCCAGUCGGAAAAAGGGCCAGUGCCAGCAGUUAAUUGCCAGAGAGACAUUAAAAAACCAUUAAAUGUGCCCCGUCACGACCAAUAAAAGCCAAGAGUGAAGUAUUUGCAUAGACAUCCCCUCGAAUUCCCCCCCAAAAAUGAUGCUGAACAAAUACGAGAGCUAUCAACGCACAAGCCAGAUGUUUCCCCACCAGCAGCAGCAGUCACUUCCGCAGCAGCAACAGCUGAUCCCGCAGCAACCCAUCUUCCCGCACCUGCAAUAUGGAGCCGGAGGAUCUGGAGCGGCAGCAGCCGCCGCUGCCGAGUCGGAGCGGGAAUCCAUACACUCCGGCCAGUUUAUGGUGUCGCACUUCGAGGCCGAAGAGGCGCAGGACGACCUCGAGGAUGACGGUGAGGUGAAGAUGCUCGAUCCCGAGGAUCCCAGUCUGGACAAGGCGGGCGAGCCGGCAAACACCUGCCGCGACGUCCAGCUGUACGUGCCACAGACGGUGGCCCACUUCAACCGUAUGGACCAGGAGUGCGAUGAGAGCAGCAUGGGCCUAAUCACCUCCCAUCUGGAGAUCGAGACCUCGUUGACCAAGCUGUUCAAGUGCAUGAACCUUGCCUACAGCCAAAAACUCACCUCCCCCAAAUGGAAUCAUUUCAAAGGUGUGCGACUGCGUUGGAAGGACAAAAUCCGUCUCAACAACGUCAUCUGGCGCUGCUGGCAUAUGCAAUUCAUACAAAAGCGCAGAACCCCGGUGUGUCAAUUCGCAUCGCCGCUGGACGUUGACAUACAUAGUAAUCCUCAAACCGUAGUACUCGAGGGCAAGUACUGGAAACGUCAUUCAGCCGUGAUCAAGGCUGAGUACAGAAAAUGGCGCAAAAACUAUAGAUCGAAGGCGACGGGCUGCUUAACCUACGACUCGAAAAGCGAGUUGGACUUUUUGGAAUGGUCGCCGCUGAACGAUAGGAACUUGAUGCCAGACGACUGGACAACAGACACCUUGUUCUCGGCCAUAAAUGUUCCAUUUCCUUUUCCCGAUUCCAGGGAAAUUGCACGCGGCGCGGGCAUUGCUGACUUCAUACAGCCCAGUUUGGGGCCCUUGCAACCGAAUUUAGAUGACAUUGAUCUUACCUUCUCAGACCUAAUCCCCACCACACGCUUGCCACCCGUUCCGGAGGAGGGAACCGAUGCCGAGAUGCUCAAGAACGACGACUACUGCUUGCCGGCCAUUGUGGGUGCUCCGCACACGCUCUACUGCAACGACAGCAUCAUGGAUAUGGUCAACAGCAGCAGCGGUGGCGGUGGUGGCGGUAGCGUCGACGCCAACAUGAUGGAGCUCAACACGCCGAUCAAUAACAUGGCCUACAGUGAAAUGGAGCAGCGCUUCUCAGUAGCGAGACAGCAGCAGCAGCAGCAAUCUGCCAACGAUUCCCAGCUCAUCGGAGAACCCAGCUCAAUGUCCGGGCGGAUGCACGGAGGCAAGCACUUUGGGGCCAUCGCCGCCAGCGACAACAACAUCAGCAACAGGUGUGUGAUCAAUGGCCGUGUGGCCAAGAGCACCCAGCGUCCAUUCCGGCGGGAGCCGCACAACUACGACAAGGCCCAGCCGACGCUGCACCAGACUAACCUCUACCAGCAAAUGCUGGCCGAGCAACAGAAGAACCAACAGCAGCAGCAGCAGCAACAUCUUGGCGGGGGCGUACUUCUGCAGACGGCUGCCUUUCAGGCUCCUCAGCAGCAGCAGCAACAGCAGCAACUCGCGCAACAGCAGCAGCAACAACACUUUCCCACACAGCAGACCAACGCCUUCAACAACCAGCAGAGCUUCCUGGGCAGCUACACGGACAACUACCAGCAGCAGCAGCAUCAGCAGCAGCUGAGCGUGAAAGUGGAGCCCCUGCAGGCCGAUGUGCUGUCUUUGCUGAGCGAUGGUGGUGGCUACAACUCCAUCGGCUAUAAGCCCUAUCCGCAGUUUAAGAAGUCCGCCUCGACUGGAACGUUUCUCAAUGUGCCUCGCCUGCCGCAGCAGCAGCAGCAGCAGGGUUACCUGCAACAAGAGCAGCCGCAAAUGCAGCAGUCGCUUCCUCUGGGUCUGACCACCCAGCAACUUCUACAGCUGACACGCCAACAACAGGCAGUCAACACUCAGCAACAGCAACAGCAGCAGCACCCGACGACAGUGGCCAGUUUGCUGCAGCAGCACCAACAGCAGCAGCAACAGCAGCAGCAGCAGGCCGCUGUCAGCACAUCCACUUGGGUGUCACCCAACACCGUUUUGCCCAAAGAAAUCCAUCGGUCCAAUAGCUUGCCUCUGAACGUGUCUCUCAACAAGUUGCCCGAUGGAAGGCAGCAGCUCAUCCACGAGCAGCCCUUUGCCGUGCCCAAGUACCAUGCUAAGGGCAAGUCACGCGUUCGCAGCAACUCGAUGCACCAGCAACACUCGUCGGUGGUGGCAGCCGCCGGGGCAGGCGGCUCUCCCUUGAGCGCUCAGAGCUGCAGCAACCUGCUGGUCACGCAGCAGCAGAUGCAGCAGGCCACCAGCGAUCCCAUGCUGAACAGCACCCUGGCCCAGCUCCUGACUUCGAAUUCCCGUCUGCAGACAGCCGUGGCAAACAGUUCUCAGUCGAAUCAGCCAUCUUCCGCCAGUGCCAUAGUCACCUCGAGCAACAGCAACGUGUAUGCUGCAGUCACAUCGCCGCUAUCGGUGCCCACGCAGCCACACUCACCAAAGAAGUCCGCGUCAUUGCCCAUGGCCAUCAUCAGUCCUGCUUUACACAGUCCCCCCGGACACGGUUUUGGGCCAUCCUCCACGACAGGCAACAUUGGCAGCAGCAGCUGCCUGAGUCUAUCGCCGGACUCGCCGUUCCACGAGUCGCAGGACUCGCCGCUCUCGCCCUCGGCCAGCCUCAACAAGUAUCAGCCGAGGGAUACCCAGCGGCGAGCCGGUCACAUCCAUGCCGAGCAGAAGCGACGCUAUAACAUCAAGAAUGGUUUUGACACGCUGCACGCGCUCAUCCCGCAGCUGCAGCAAAACCCCAACGCCAAGCUGAGCAAGGCGGCCAUGCUGCAGAAGGGAGCGGACCACAUAAAGCAGCUGCGACAGGAGCGCAAUGUGCUCAAGGACAAGAUUGAGUCGCUGCGCAUGGAGCGGGACGAGCUGAACAACUCGCUGACGCACCUGCACUCCAUUCUGCCGGCAAAUGGAGCCCCAGUCACGAGGCAGGGCACGGAGCACGUUCGCCAGCUAUACGAGAUCUUUGUGCGUUACAAUACCAUGAACGACUGGAAGUUUUGGAUUUUGGGUUUAAUUUUGGAACCACUGCUUGCCUCGUACACGUCGACCGUGUCAAGUGCCAGUCUGGAUGAGCUGCGUCGGACGGCCUUCCUUUGGGUAGAUCAGCACUGUUCUCUCAUCGAUCUACGACCCGCUGUUACGAAUAAAUUAAAGUACCUAUCCAUGCACACGGAUAUUGUGUCAGAGCCGCCUAGCACCUUGCAGGAGGAGGUGGCCAAGGCCCUGCAGAACUCAAGUGGCCAGCAUCCUAACCUGCAUAGCUCCUAACCGUUGAUGAUGCUGAUGCUGCCCGUGAUAUGAAUUUAUUUAAUUCAAUCUAUAUAUAUAUAUAUAUUUUAAAAUAUAUCCACAUGAAUUUGUUUUCGGCUUAUGAAUUGUACAAAUCGCUAAGCAAGGCGGAUUUUUAUACAAGAGAAAUGGAUGGCAGCCGGCAAUAGAGCAGCAAAUAGUGCCUACAAUCUUUGAUUUAAGCGUAAAAUAAAAGCAAACGAUUUUACAAGUUUUUUGACCAUAAGAUGUGAAUAUUCUUUCAAGAGUUUCUUUGAUUAUUUUCUUAAAUUUUAUUGAUGGAAAACUUUUUGAAGAGACCAAGAAUAAAGACCACCUUUAUGCCCGUGUGCUUGGUAUGCAUUAUCUCAUAGCUGAUAGCUGAUAGAGAUACCCUAUCAAUGCACUUGCCAUAAAGCGUAGUCCCUGGAGAAAACAGUGGUAGUUUUUGACAUCACCCUGCUGGAAAUAGUCAUGAUCAUCAUUAUAUUCCUGAUUAUUGCCGCUUGUGUUGCCUUGGCUGUUGUUGCUGCGACUGCUGUGACCGCUGCUUGUGGGCUCCUUGUGCUUCUUCCCUUCCUGAUCUGUGGCGGCUGGCUGGUGGUCUGGGUCUUGAUGUGGUUCUGGCAACGUUAUGCUGUCUGGUGUUGGCUUUUCGGCACGAGAUGCGCCGAGGAACAUAUAUUGUCCACAAACUUUGACCUUAGCCAAGAGUAACUGAAUAAAGAUAGAUUUGUCAGAA